AUCCCUGUCAUUCCAAGCCACAGAUCACCCAGACAUCAUGUGUCUGAAGGCAGGUAUCAUCAGAGAGCUAACACCUGGCCCCCCUGCCCCCCCGGCCUCUUGCCUCUACUGAAGCCCCUCCUGACCAAGCUUCUGUCAGGACGGCUCUGCUCAACGCUCGCUCCCUUACCAACAAAACAUUUCUUCUCAAAAAUGUAUAUUUUUAGGGAAAAUUUGGAUUUUCUGAUCCUUACUGAAACCUGGCACAGUUUCUUCUUAUACUUAGCAGAAUUAACCACUAGGAGCAGACCAGUGGAGUAAGUCUUACUCCCAUGGUCACAAGUGGAAUUUAUCGUGACAGUAAAAGAACAGGCAGGAAUUUAUAGAUAUCUUUUAAUAAUUUCUUUAAAAAUACUAGGCAAUAAGAAUGACACUAGUAGACAUUGUGCAUGUCACUUUGCCUAGCUACAUUAACCUCAAGAUAAUACAUUUUUAUUUAAUAGAAACAUUGCAUGAAAUUAAAUUGUUUUUCUUUUCAACAGGAAGUCGAGUUAGAAAACAUUGCACGGAGUUCAGAAGUACUUCCUGUCUGGAUUGCAAUGAGGGGACAUUUAUGGAUCGUCCUACAGGGCUUACAGAAUGUUUUGUCUGUUCACGCUGUGAUUCAGGUUCUGGUUUAAAGAUAAAGAGGCCAUGUACAACUAUUUCAGAUACAGUUUGUGAACCACUGGAGGGAUUCUACUGUAGGCAUGCUGUAGAGGACAACUGUGUGGAAGCACAGAAACACAGCAUCUGUCAACCAGGACAAUAUAUCCUCCAAAAAGGAACAGCAUUAAGGGACACUGAGUGCUCUGACUGCAGAGAUGGAACAUUUUCUGAUGGGACAUUAUUGACAUCGUGUCAGCCACACACACAAUGUCAAUCAUUGGAUCUUCAGCUGAUAAAACCAGGAACUGCUUCAACAGAUGCUGAAUGUGGAGAACAAAGUUCAGGAGCUGUGAGCCGCGGCGUUGUGGGGGGGCUGGUGCUAGUGGUCGGACUCGCAAUAGCUCUGUUUUUCGUGUGGCAUCUCAAAAAUAAGAAAGACACAGAAAGAAAAAGGAAUGCAGACAAUCCCCAACAGUACUUCAAAAAGAAUAAACAUCCACAUGAAGAAGAAGAACAGCUGGGUGUGGCUGUGAUCAAUGAACACAGAGACAUCGGGACACCAAGGCUGUCAGGCCGUGAUGGUGGUCUGGUAGUGAUUUUUAGAAAUAGCUUUAACUAUCGGUUGCUUAGCACCGAGACUGUCCCCUCAUUUGAACUCAAUAUGACUCGGAAAAAAGUCCCAGAUUCUGCUCUUGAUAUUUAGUUAUUAAUUUGAUGUUAAUAAUUGUCACUAAUAGUGAUAUGAUCCAAAGCUUAUGGAAAUAAUUGCAUGGCAAAACUGUAAAUAUAGAUUGUUUUUAUUUCAACACUGUCCCCAAUAAUCUUAAAAGACAAUUAUUAUAAUAAUAAUGAAAUAUUAUAUACACAAAUGUGACUUUGCAAAGACUCCCCCAGAGUGAAAUGUUCUACAACACAAACUUUAUAUGCUCAACAAAUGAAUAAAAAAAUCAAUACCGCCCGAGCCAGGAAACUAUGUACACUUAUGUCUGAAUUUAACUUUCUCUC